AUGUCUGAUAAAGAAGAUAUAGAUAUAAAUAAGAAGUUCGAAGAUUUACUAUUUGUCGAAGAAAAUGCACAAUCCGUAGGUUACGAAGAAGGUUUUGAGGUUGGCAAAAAACAAUUGGUAAAUGGGUAUCAUUUUGGAUAUCACAGGGGUAGUUUGUUAGGUGCACAAUUAGGAUAUUACAGUGGUAUUUUGGAACAAUGUUUAACUACCAAUAGAUGUAAUUCAGAGAAAGCUGUUUCCAUUGCAAAAACACUUUUGCAGGAUAUUUAUAAUUUUCCCAAAUUUAACGAUGAGACGGUGGAUAUAUUGAAAAUUGUAGAUAAUAUUAAAUUUAAAUAUGCCAAGUUUUGUGCAUUGACAAAAAUAUCUUCAUCGUAUCCAGAAGUGGAUAAACUCGAUUUUUAAUUGUAUGAGAAUAUUAUAUUUAAAUAAAUAAAGAGCGAAACAAUAUUGUAGAACUGUA